UGCAGAAUCUUAUGCUUGAAAUGGAGAUGAAGUAUUCUAUUUUCCAAGCAGAUAUCAAAGGAUUGAAGAAUGAUUUGAAUCUCAUCAAAACAUCAGUGAACGAAAAUCUGCAGGCAGAGAGGCAGAAUGACGAGCCAUUGACGCAGGAACUUGAGCAAUCACGGGAAACCAUUGCAAGUCUAGAAAACGAGCUGGAAAUGUUGAAAGAAUCAGAAAGAACAACUGAGGAUCAAAUCGAGAAUCUCAAAGUGAUAAACGAAGAUCUUGAUACUCAGCUUACUGUUACCAGAGCUAAACUAAAUGAGGUUCUCCAGAAAUUAUCUUCUCUGGAAGUGGAAUUGGAAAAUAAAAGGCAUUGCUGUGAGGAACUGGAAGGAACCUGUCUGGAGCUUCAACUGCAACUUGAAAGUAUUACCAGCAAUCAGCAUUCGCAGGAAAAUGAAAACCAAGAAGGGCUGCUCCGAACUGGCAUGGAGAUUACUAGAGCGUCUGUGAAGUUGGCUGAGUGCGAGAAAACCAUUUUGAAGCUGGGAAACCAGCUAAAGGCACUAGGUUCAGCAAGACAAUUAUCAGUUGUUGACAAGGUUCUUUCUAUUGCUGAUACCAAGAAUAAGAAAUCUAAGCCGCGAUCGUCAUUGCUUGAUCAGAUGAUAUCUGAAGAUAACUCAGAAGUGAAGCAUCUUCAGUCCCCAAAGACAAAAGUUGAAAGCAAACUUGAAGCAAAUGCCACCCAAGUUGGGACUCCUGAAGCAUCCCUUGGGACAAAGAAUGAAACUAAAAGCGCCAAAGCUGGAACUUUGGUCAUUGUUCCGAUCAAAAAGAGGGGAGGAGGAAUUGGGCUUCUGAGAAAGCUACUGCUUAGAAGGAAGAAAGGUAGCAGCAAUAGCACCUCCAUUUACUUUGGCAAAUGACUGGCAGGCAUUGAUUGCAAUAAUUAUUGGUGUUUCUUGUGAAUAUAAGGAGUGGGUUUUUACUAUGUUGCUGGUUUGAUGCUCCAAUUUAGACUUGGAACUAUAUAACGGUCUGAUGAAUAUGUUGCCGAUUUCAAGAUUGCUAUACCAUUUCAAACAACUAGGGAUGUUUAAGUAAAA